GAUUUGAGUAGUGUCAUGUGCCCCAGUUUUCAGAAGAGAACGGUAGAGAAGAACUGGAACCAGCUGAACAGGAGUGUAAACCCUGCUGAUCCCAAGGAACAAAGAGAACACUCGCCUCCAAGAGUGAGUGAGAAAAAGAGAGAUGGGCAUGGAGAUGAUGCUUUUCAACUUCUGAGAAUAUCUCCUGGGAGAUCCUGCUCCUUUUCCUGAUUUUUUUUAAAAAAGUGUAUUCAUCUGCUCCUGUUUGCGUCCUUGUACUUCCUCUUCUCUACCUGGGCUGGAGGUAGAACCCUCCAUGGAAUCCCCGGUAUAUAUUUUUCGUGAGGAGCCAGGCCCCACCUGCUCCCCAGGACCAUGUCCACUGCCAAGCAGUAGCAGCAGUAGCUGGCUUGUGGACUGGGCAGAAUAUGGCAACAAUAGUAGUGGCAUCUAUGAGGACUUACAGCAAAACGACACCAACAUCUCCCCAGCUAUUCCCAUAAUCAUCACUGCAGUCUACUCCAUGGUCUUUGUAGUGGGCUUAGUUGGCAACUCUUUGGUCAUGUUUGUCAUCAUAAGGUACACAAAGAUGAAGACAGCAACCAACAUCUAUAUUUUCAAUCUGGCCCUGGCAGAUGCCCUAGUGACCACCACUAUGCCUUUCCAAAGUACUGAGUACUUGAUGAACUCAUGGCCAUUUGGGGAUGUGCUGUGUAAAAUAGUUAUUUCAAUUGACUACUAUAACAUGUUUACCAGCAUAUUCACGCUGACCAUGAUGAGCGUUGACCGAUACAUUGCUGUGUGCCACCCUGUGAAGGCUCUAGACUUCCGUACUCCUCUGAAGGCAAAGAUUAUCAAUAUAUGUAUCUGGCUCUUAUCUUCAUCGGUUGGUAUAUCAGCCAUUGUCCUUGGAGGUACCAAGGUCAGGGAAGACACAGGCAGUACCGAGUGUUCUUUGCAAUUUCCAGACAAAGACUAUGUCUGGUGGGACAACUUUAUGAAAAUCUGUGUCUUUGUAUUCGCGUUUAUUAUCCCAGUGCUAAUUAUAGUUGUUUGCUAUACUCUGAUGAUUCUGCGCUUGAAGAGCGUGCGGCUUCUCUCUGGCUCUCGAGAAAAAGACCGAAAUCUCCGUCGCAUCACCCGAUUGGUUCUUGUGGUGGUUGCAGUCUUCAUCAUCUGUUGGACUCCAAUCCACAUUUUUGUGUUGGUCGAGGCCCUUGGGGAUGUGUCACACAGCACUGCAGCCAUUUCCAGCUAUUAUUUCUGCAUUGCUUUGGGCUACACCAAUAGCAGCCUAAAUCCCAUCCUGUAUGCUUUUCUGGAUGAAAACUUCAAACGGUGUUUCAAAGAUUUUUGCUUUCCUUUUAAGAUGAAGACAGACAGACAAAGCACCAGCAGAGUGAGAACCACCAUUCAAAAUACUGCUUAUGCUGGGCAGGCUGAUGGUACAAACAAGCCAGUAUGACUAGCUGUGGAAAUGUCAUCUUACUGUCCUCCUGGAAGAGAGGAAUCCAAUGAUCUUGGACUAACUCAGAUAACUACUGCCGUGUGAAAUGGAGAAUAAUAAACCUAUUUGACAUUAUGUAAGGACUCUCAUAGCCUGAACUGGCAGUUGCUGAUAUCAGGGUUUCAUUACCCACGCUCACUGAUGAUAAAUGUUUGGAUCAUAUUAAAAACAGAUCUUUGUACAUAGCUCUACUUCUAUUCUCGGCAAAAGAAGGAAAAGCUCUUCACAAUUCUGAUGCCUUUAUAGGAAGAGAAGUUGCACAUUGUUUCUUAUAGUACCUUUAUGCUCUUACUUAGAUUCCAUAUG